GAGAGGAAUCAAACUUUAUCCGCAACAAGUCGCGCGAGUGAGCAGCUGAUCCAGACGAGGCGCUCUUGUCCCAGGGUGAUGAUGGAGAGCGCGCUGUACCCCCCGGCGGGGAUAUUCGGCACCCCUUCACCAUCCACGGCGGGAGGAAGUAUGGUCACCAGCGCUAAACCCCUGGCGUUCUCGAUCGAGCGGAUUAUGGCCAGGACGCCGGAACCCAAGUCGAUACUGUCUCUCCCGAACUCCGUGCAGUACAGUGCCGCGGGAAAGACCGACACACGGGCCUCACUCGCUGUGCCUCCAUCCCCGCUGCACUGCGUGCUGCCUCUCAUGCCGCUCGCCUACGAGCCCGCGCACAAACUUCACAGACUUGAGUCGAGCCACAGCGAGCCAGAGUUCCCCUACAGCGCAGGCGAGCUUCUGAGCGUCGGCACCAACGCCAAGGGCGAACACCGGGACGCAGCACCGGCGAUUGGACAGUACAAACUUUUCCGGCCACGGGUACUUUCGCACUCAUCCGUGCACACCGCCGCUGCCGCCGUUUGCUACGUGAACUGUGCGGAGAGCGCAUGCGCGCCUCCGCCCGCCGCCCUGCUCAACCUGCACCCGGUGGCCUCGUACCUGCUGAACACCCCGUUACACUCUCGCCACAAAAGCCUUCUGGUGGAAAAAAGCAGAGGCGCGCACGGCCUGGACUCUUACCCCGGAGCGCUGGCGCUGAAGGAGCUGUCCCACUCCCAGCUGCAGCACUACAUGAAGGAGAGCGCGCACAUCCUCUCCGAGAAACUGUUCAAGAGUUCCGCCAAGUUACACACCGGCUCUCCGCCAGCCAAAGCCAAAGUGUUCACUUGUGAAGUCUGCGGCAAGGUGUUCAACGCGCACUAUAACUUAACCCGCCACAUGCCCGUGCACACGGGAGCAAGACCGUUCGUGUGUAAAGUGUGCGGCAAAGGAUUUCGUCAAGCAAGCACACUCUGUCGCCACAAAAUUAUUCAUACUCAGGAAAAGCCGCAUAAAUGCCAUCAGUGUGGGAAAGCAUUUAACCGGAGCUCCACACUGAACACACACGCGCGCAUACACGCCGGAUACAAACCAUUUGUGUGUGAAUUCUGUGGAAAGGGUUUCCACCAAAAAGGCAAUUACAAAAAUCAUAAAUUGACGCACAGCGGCGAGAAACAGUUCAAGUGCAAUAUCUGCAACAAAGCCUUCCACCAGGUAUACAACCUGACUUUUCACAUGCACACGCACAACGACAAGAAGCCCUUCACCUGUCCCACAUGCGGCAAAGGCUUCUGCAGGAACUUCGACCUGAAGAAGCACAUACGGAAACUACACGACGUUUCCCCGGAUCCGCACUCACCGGGAACACCUACAGAGCAGCGUGAGGCCCAGUGA